UUUUAAUCUUGCAAACUAAGCCCAGAUCUACUGUGAAGAGCGUCGCAGUUUCGCAGCUGUAACAAGAUUUCUUCUGGCGAAGAAGAGAGAAUCGCCGUUCACCGAUUCGUUUCUUUGUUCAUCUCCUCCCAGGUAAUUAUGGGAGAUUUCUCGAUUCAGAUCAGUUCUAAGCUGAUCAAUCAGCUAGCUGAAGGUAACGAUCAACCAAAGAGGAGGGCAAAGAAAACCAAACCUAAAGUCUCACCACAGAGCAAACAGAAAACAAACCAAGAUGAAGAGAAGAAACCUAAUCCAGUGGCUGAAUUACCGAUGCAGCCACCGUUUUUCUUCCCAAUACCACCACAAGGAGCAGCAAGCACAGAGCUGGAAUCGAUAAAAUCCGUUGUGAAAGAGAGUGAGAAGGUUCUUGAGAAGCUGGAGUUACAAGAGAAGAACAUUGUUCGUGAAGUUACGGAGAGAGCCAAGGAUCUGAGGGAGAAAGAGUUUAAGAUCCCGGAACCUAAACCAAUGCCUUGUUCGUCAGAUCACGAAGCCUGGAUGAAAUGCUACAAGGAGAACAUCGGUAGUCCGUUGAAAUGUAGCGGUUUCGUUAAGAGUUUCCAGGAUUGUGCACGCCGGUCCAGACAGCAAGUGAAUCCUGAAGAAAAGUAGAGAUAAUAAGAUUCAAAAGGACUUUUUUGAGACACGAAGGGAAUAGUUUUUGCUUUCUGAGAUCAUAUGAAUGACACAGAAGAAUUGUGCUUGUUUCCUUUUGAUUUCAUGAAAGCAAAAAAGAAAGAAAAAAAAUAAGCAGAAUCUGUGAUUAUGUUCAUGAGAUAAAACUUUCAAAACUAUGUUCUUGAUUAACUAUUUUGGCUUAUCUUCUACUUUCUUUUUUUGUUUAGAUUCUUGCAAUGUUGGUUUUCUAUUUCUUCUAAGAAUCCAAGUAACUAAUCUGUCAUUAUUUUCACGAGUAAUCUCCAAUGGCUUCAAUGUUCAGUUUCUUUAAAUAUCCG